AUGGUUUCACCGACAGCUCAAACGAAACAUCCCCCGGUCAUUCAGAAGCUUGAACGCUUGGGGGACCGCUCGUGGAGGAGAGACUCAAUGCUACACUUCCUGACCUCCUUCCUAUGGAAGCAGCCUUCGAUUCAGGCAGUAGAUAUCCGGCAGCAUACAGUGUGGUUAUUCGACAAUACCGCUUAUCUACGCACGACCCCAAUUGCUAAGGGGCUGAAAGAGUCGUGGCACGCAGAAGUCGUCGCUUGCGUUUUUCGAAGGGACAGCCGGAAGGAUAUGAGUAAGAUCGUUGCUAUGAUUGCGGAUCUCAUUGGGCUCGACGGAGAAAUAGGCACCGAAAGGGAGACACGCCAUCAAAUAGCGCGACGGUUACAACCUUUCCUAUAUCAUGUUAUGCCUGCACGUAUGAUGAUGCUCGAAAUUCCACAGCCGAAUAGCACUACCAUCAUCCAGCAACUUGGUCCGACAAACAGCAAUGGCAUCAGCAGUCAGGUGGUGAAUAUGGGUAACCGUCGCAUAGCAGAUGGAAGUGUAGUUCGCUCGUAUCUCCGCGGCUCGAGAGACAAUGUCGAAAUGCGAACCUACUUCGCUGGCCCCAAAGGUUGGCUCGUGAUAUCGGACAUCGAUGACACGAUCAAGUAUACCAAAACCUCCGAGUCUACUGGAAUUCUUCGAACAACCUUCGUCGAAGAGCCGAGGCCUAUUGCCGGGAUGCCUGAGCUAUAUUCUCACAUACACAGAGAACUUUCGCCAGCAUGGUUCUACGUGUCUGCUUCGCCGUACAAUCUGUAUCCGUUCCUGCGAACAUUUAUUCAUACGCAUUUCAAUCCUGGGACCUUGAUCCUCCGAGAUUCCUCUUGGCUGGACGUCAGUGAACUGGUUAAGUCAUUCACAGUAAAUACCAUGGAAUACAAGGUACAGCAAAUCGAGAAAAUCCGACGCCAGUUCCCUCAGCGUGAAGUCAUUUGUAUCGGCGACACAACGCAAAAGGAUCCGGAAGCAUACGCAGAGAUCUAUAAGAAGCACCCACACUGGAUCCGCGCCAUUUGGAUCAGGAAAGUCACCGAUGUCCCACAUCUAGAGGAUCAAAAUUCUCCAGAGAGAUUCAAGGCAGCUUUUCAGGGUGUUCCGGACCAAAUAUGGAAGGUAUUCGAACAACCCGAAGCAGUGUUCGACUUCCCAGCAAAACCCUUUUCUACCACAAUGGACGAGCAAACGUUCGUCCCGGGGACUAUGAGAGCCCUUUAUCACCGACCGGCUUCUACUGCCAUCACCGACCAGACGGCUUUGGAUGCGCCCAGGGUGGAUUCGGGGAUGAUCUUCGACACGGACUUCCCGGUACCAAAGCCAGCAGCAAAUCAGUACCUCAUUAAGGUUCAAACAGCGGCUUUCUCUCAUGACGGACUAAGGCUCGCUCGAACCCUUCACCCGUCAAAAUCAAUCCCUCAGAUUCCCCUACACAACUACUGCGGCAUAGUCAUCAGUACUCCCACCGAAGACCACACUAAACCAGAUGGUCCAAAGUUCAAAGUCGCCGACACCGUCUUUGGACUCAUCAGCAACACCCGCGACGGCGCCGCUGCAGACUACACAGUCGCAACCGAAAAUGAGAUCGCGUUGAAGCCGAAGAAUAUCAGCGCCGCCGAGGCAUCUACCAUCCCUGGACCUGCUCUCACAGCAUGGCAGGCUUUGUUCACAUACGGGGGCCUCGACAACAACGAUGCGCGCCGUGAGCUGCGCGUUCUAGUGACCAAUGCCCGCGAGAACGAGGUCGCUGCCCAGGCGCUCCAACUGCUCCGAGCUCGAUCCCUAUUUCCACACUACCGGCCAUGGAUCUGCGCCACCUGUUCAUGCCCGGAGCACGACGACUUCCUACGCGACCAAGUCCAGGUGGACGAAGUCAUCGACGCCGCGCUCCCCUUACCACAAGACUUCGAUCUCGCCAAGAUCUUCCGCAAGAACAAAUGGGAGCCAGUCGACAUCAUCCUCGACUGCGCCGGAGAACAGAUGUUCAAUCUCGCCCAUUCAUCCGACGUUGUCAAAAACAAUGGCAUCGUCCUGACCGCCGUAGACAACACAGCCGUGCAGCCCAAAACCGCCGACAGAGAAGCCCAGACCCAGAAACAAGGUCUGUUCAGUCGAUUCGUCGCCUUGAACCCAGAUGGCAAGGCACUAGCCCGCAUUGCGGAGCUGGUCGAAGAGGGUUCCAUCCGAGGCCGGGUUCAGAGUAUCGUGGACCUAGCCCAUGGAGCGAAUGUCCUAGCGUCUGAGGCAGCUGGUGCUGGUGGAGCUAGGAGAGGAGGAAUGAUGGUCUUCCGGGUGAAUAUUUGA